UUACCCAUUUUCCAUUUUUGACAUUCUAUCUAUUCGGAUCUAUAUGCUUACAUCUGUACAAUUGUUAUGGAAUAGUUUUCCGGUAUUUGUUGUGUAGUCUAAAUAAAUAUAAUUCAUCAUGAAUUGUGUUUUAAAAAUGCGAUUGUUACAAUUUGCGAAAACGAUUAAUAUACGGAACCUGUAUCAUGGGCAAAAUGUUACUCUUUUAAAGCCUCAACAAUGUCCAAAUUUUGUUAUUGCACAGAGAGGACAGAGUACAAAAUAUAACCUGAAAUACAAAGAAAGAAAGUCGUUCAAAUCACGAGAUGAACACGAAACCGGUGCUUUUGGAUAUUUUCUUUUGAGCAUACCAAUUACCUCGUUUUGUCUCGGCACAUGGCAAAUUCAAAGACAUUGGUGGAAGCUCUCCUUAAUUAACGACUUGAAUAAAAGGACUUCGUCAACUCCUGUAUAUUUGCCUGAAGACUUAUCCGAACUUGAAUCUAUGGAAUAUCAUCCAGUCAAAGUACGAGGACGAUUUUUACAUGACAGAGAAUUUACCAUCGGGCCUAGAAGUUUGAUUAUCAAAGGAGCUGGAGCUUCAGAAGGUGCCGGAGGAGUAUUGACACCUGGUAGAUCUAACUCCGGAUAUUGUGUUGUCACACCCUUCGAGGUUGAAGGAAGAGAUUUGACAAUUUUGGUGAAUCGAGGAUGGGUCCCACUUCGCUACAAAAAAGAUCCUAGAGAGGCUCGGACACAAACAAACGAUGUGAUCGAGAUCACUGGAAUUGUUCGACUCAACGAACAUAGACCAGUUUUUACUCCAAAAAAUUCACCAAAAAAACAGAGUUGGCUUUACAGGGAUUUGGAUGCAAUGGCAGAAUAUGCAGGAACGUCUCCGGUGUACAUAGAAUUGGUGGCCAAAGAAACGGUACCGGGAGGUCCGAUAGCCGGACAAACACGAGUGAACCUCAGAAACGAGCAUUUGAGUUAUAUUUUUACAUGGUAUUGCCUCGCCGCGAUAACCGGUUGGUUAUGGCAUAGGCAGUUUGUACGGAAAUUGCCACUCGUUUAACGAGUCCUCCAGAAUCUUCAAUCACUAAUAGCUAUAGAAUAUUAACUGGGUGAUUCGUAAUUUUCUGUUAUUUAAAAAUACAUGUAAUAUCGAAAGGGAGUUUCUCGUUAUUUCGUCAUAUCCACGAAAGAUGCAAGAUAAUUUUCAUUGCUUUUUGUAGUUCUUGUCAAGUUUCUCCUUGUCAAAACUCGCUCAUAAGCAAAUAAACAUCUAUGAGUUCUGAACCAAAAGUUGAGAAAAAAAAACAAAAUGCUCAUCGGUUCGAUGACAUUUUAGAGAACUUUUCUGCAAAAAAAAUUUUUCUAGGAAAUAAACAAUUUGAGACGAGUUGAACGAAAAUAUACUUUUUAUAGAACCAACAAGUGGUUAAUACAACGCAGUUAAGUGCUAAAUUCGGUCACAAUCUUUCAAGUCCGACGAAAAGAAAUAAUUUCUUCGAUGAUUAUUGAAAAAACGUUUCACAAUGAGAAUCGUUAACAAUCGUUGCUCCAAUCCCGUGUACUCGAACGAUCGAAAAUUCACGCCAGACACGAAAAUCCUCUUAUUAAUACUUACGUAAUAUAAUUUAUUACAAUAAAAUGUCAAACUACACAGAAUACUUUUUUAAUGAAAAUAAUAUUCGUAUGUCUGUCUUUCGUUUAUUUUCUCGAUGUAAAUGACGUGUGGAUUUUUUUUAGCCUCAAAAUACAGAUUACAUCGUAAAACUUAUUUUUUACUUUCAUUAGUCGAGGCUUGCUCUGAAUUAAAAAAUUUUCUGUGCUUCCAACAUUGAUUUUUCUUUCCAUCGACCUUAUUUUUAUUUUCAUUCGACAUGAAUAAUUAUUCGAUAAAUAAUAACAACAAUAAUUCGAUCGUUCUUAAGCUCGUUGAAUUUAAUCAUCAAAUAAAUUCUCUCAAUAUUAUAUCCUUUAUGAAAUAAAUUUGUUCCUCGAUUCGUUCAUAAGUAUUUAUAUAUAUAUAUAUAUAUAUUUAUAUCACAUGAAUUACAGAUAUUUUGUGCUAACCACGUUUUAACGGUGACGUAUACGAAGAGACACUGUUCGAAUUUCAUGCCUUUAAAGUGAUUUAUUGAAAAAUAUAAGUUUCGUUUACCGAUAAAAACGAAACGUCUAUAAAAUUCUUCUUCACACGUUCUUAAAGAGCUUGUGAAAAUAUAUUCUCAUUUUUCGUUUCUCUACAAAUUAUAUUUUCCAGUUGAGGAAAAUACAUCGUACACAUACGAGUUUGAUUCACGAUAAAAUAUGUCCAGUAAAAUCCAAUGAUAGUAAAGAAUAUUGAAGAUAGAAGAGGAAAGGAAAAAUAUAAGAAAUCGAACAUCGACAAUAUCAAUGAACUCAAAAAUUUUCGAAUGUACUUCGUUAGUUGAUACAUUCUUUGUACCGAGUAUUAUCUCGAAAUGCAAAUAAUAUGUUGUGCAAUAUA